AUGGCCACCAAACGCCACCGCCUAGCGUUGAUCGCGGCGCUUGCUAUUCUCUCCGUUCUUUAUCUCUUCCAAGGUCAAGAAUUCACAUCACAAUCAAAACAUCUAUGGCCUUUUCACACAACCAGCGACCCCGACUGGUCUCGCUUCGCGUACACACAAUAUGUAACAAACAGUGAAUAUUUGUGCAAUUCACUCAUGUUCUUCGAGUCUUUGCAUCGCUUCUCUAGUCGCCCCGAUCGGGUUAUGAUGGUCCCGGCUGGCAUGCUGGAGCCAGAAAUGGCGAACUCGAGCGAUGCUUAUUUGAUCAACAAAGCGCGGGAUGAGUAUAAUGUCAAGAUUGUACCCAUUACUAUCCAGACAAGCUGGAUGGUAGAACCUACCUGGGCUGACUCCUACACCAAACUGCUGGCGUUUAACCAAACACAAUACGAUCGUGUCUUAUCUAUUGAUUCAGAUUCCAUUCUUCUACAAUCCAUGGAUGAACUUUUCUUUCUCCCUCCUGCACCAGUGGCUAUGCCCCGCGCCUAUUGGAUCUCCCCCGCCAAAGUCCUCUCCUCCCAAGUCAUGCUCAUCCAGCCUUCUGAGACAGAAUUCACCCGCAUCAUGGAGCGAGUCCAAACAGCUAACUAUGGCGUGUACGACAUGGAAAUCGUCAACCAGCUCUAUCACGACAGCGCUUUGAUAUUCCCUCAUCGACGGUAUGAUCUCCUAAGUGGAGAGUUCCGCAACGACAACCAUACUCAGUAUCUUGGCUCAGACGUUGAGACUUGGGAUCCUGCGGCUGCGUACAGUGAGGCCAAGCUUAUUCACUUUUCGGAUUGGCCAUUGCCGAAGCCGUGGAAGUAUAUGCCCGACGAAAAGCUUCUGGAGGCACAGCCAAAUUGUACUCGCACAGUGGGCGAAAUUGAAGAUUGCACGGAAAGAAUAAUAUGGAAUCGGUUGUAUACGGACUUCAGAACGAAGCGAAAGGAGGUGCCUCCCGCUCCUGCUCUGAACUAUGCAUCUGAAUGUUUCUGGCCCAACAUCCGCAAACACGUCCUCGGUCACGCCUCUCCCAACGACCCCCCCAUCAAAGCCAUUUGUCCCGUCUGCUGGGACCAGGUAAGUAUCGCCGGUCUCCCAUGCCCCCCUGACGAAGGAAAGCAGUGCCUGAUCGCCCCCUGUGGCCACAUCCUGUGCUACGAAUGCUGGCCCAAGAAGGAAUUCGAUGACGAUAUGAAUCGAGCUAACCAGCGCCAGUGUCCUGUCUGUCGCUUGAUUAUUGAGUGCGAGACUUGUGGUCGCAGUUGCAUCAAGGAGAAAGCGCCUGAGUAUUCUUGUGAUGUGAAGGAUGUUGAAGAUGUGCCUUUCACUGUGACUGAGACGGAUCUUCCAUAUAGUUCUACGUGCUUUGAGUGUAUGUGGCCUCGGCUUCAGACGGACGAUGGUUGGUGGUUCAAGAAGCGUGGGCGUCGCGGUCACAAUGCAGAAGAAUAG